CAUAGCUGAAAAAGAUAUUAAAAUUAGAACUGUCAAGGGUAACCAAAUAAAGAAAAAAUGGAAAGCCAUUUGACAAAGUUCACAAACUGAAAUUUGUUGUUAAAUAUGUCACAUUCGAGGAAUGCACACAAAUUAACUGAUAAAAGUAGAACAGACAUUCAGGCAACCGACAGAAAUGAGGUCGAAGGACAAGUUAUAAGUUGUAAUGCCACCGAGAGCUGCACGUACGCUGUGACUGUUUCAAAGAAACCAUCCCCGUCGAGCGAGGAAGGUGCCUUGUGUUCUGGACAAAAGUCUUUCAUAAGUAUACAUUCAACCGACCAGUUGUGUCAAGUGGCCGACGUGGACAAUCCCUCGAAUCUCGAAGAGUGUAACGUGGAAGUUCUCAGCCUCAAUGAAGUAUUCCCAUCGACGUCAGAAGAGAGCCUGUCGAAUGAAGAUGACUCUCCUGUUCAGCGAAAGCAAAAAAACGCCAACAAAAAUAAGGCAACAAUACAAAAGUGUCAAUCGGAAAGCGCAGAGAAGUCGUCUUACUUGCCGACGAACAGCAAGUCGUCGACGGGGUCGCGCACGAAGGAACCCGUCGAAGGGCAACCCUCGGUCUAUUCUGACUUCGACAUACCUAAAAAUACAUUGUACGUGGUUGGAAGCAAUCCCGGGGAACCGAAAAUGUCGUAUCCCGACCCCCCGAAGAAAAUAUCAAAGACGAUGAAAAAGUUUCUGCGCAACAUAGAUAAGCACAAGAACGAGCAGAACAUCAAGAGCAGCGAGAAGGCCAUCAGUAAGCUGACGACGAUGCGAGGCAUCCUGAAGGAUGGGCGCUGCGGCCCCGAGUGCACCGGGGACUCGUCCGUGCAGGGCGCCGACGAAUACAAUACUGAUCUACUACCAUUCUCAAUGGACUUUGUUCCGCAUACAAACUACGGUAAGCAAAACCCAGACAAAAACGUGACUUUCAACACGCAAGUGGUGAUCAUCCACUUCACGGGCGACCUGUGCGUGGGGCAGAGCGUCGAGACCCUCAGCAAGGAGAAGGACCAGCAGGCGCGAAACUCCGAACUCAGAAAAACCUUUCUCACCAAAUACAACGAAUUUUGGCCCACACAGAAAUAAUGUUAAGUCUAGAUUAUAAUUUCAGAAGUUUGUCUUAGUGAGAUUAUUAUCGCCGUAUCAUUAGGAAAGUUCGAACAAAAACAUGGUAUAAGUUAUUGGAAACGUUUUAUAUUUAUACACAAUAUAUUUGUACGCUGUUGAAAUUUAUUAAGUUGCGUUUUGUCUGACGUUUAUUUAUUAAAAUCUGAUCUAUUAGUUUGCUUACUUUGUAGCUCUGAAUUGUGUGACAUUCGGGAAACCAAAUUGAAAUAAAGAUAUACUAAUUAGAGA